UGGGGGAGAUGUGGGGUGAGGAAGAGGGAGACGGUGAGUGAAGUGAGCGAGUGAGAGGGAGGGAAGGGAGAACAAGUUAAAGGCUUUUUCGGCCUUGGCAGUUCCGUGUGGAUUUUACAAGAGUCGAUCUUAAUUAUUCACUUCAAGACACACAGACCGACAGAAGAAGAAAAAGCUGCUGCCGCUGCUUGGGAAUGUCGAUGCCAGUCGUCGCAGUCCGGGAUGGAGACAGCAGGCGAUGGGAACACAGCACAUCUCCUCGUCUUGAACCUCUACAACACUGAGGACCAACUUUUUAUGACAGCGCCCUCGCGUGAAACCUAGAGGAGGCUUAAUCUUUAAGCGGUCGGUCACUCGAGAGCUUAAAGAGGGCCAUCGAGAGGGAACACUGAUUUUCCUGCGGUCGGUUCGUCCGCUGCUUUGCUUUGCGCAAUUUGCAAUUUGCAAAGCCCGGACAAGAAUACGGCGCAGCACACACAGAGAUUCACAGAUAGACCGCGACGCCGGUCAGGCACACGAACAGAGUUUGCGAGAGAGUCCAAGAGAGUGAUACUUAUCAGCGGCCGAGAGCCGAGGGUCCAGUGGGUGGGUGGGUAGAGCGCGAGCCGCAGCGUGAGAGAGUGAAUCCGAGCGAUUUAGUGUUGUUCAGGUCUCCGAACUCGACGUCGCCAUCCGCUUGCACAUGAGAUGGUCGUCAGAAUUUGAAUUCUAUCACACGACGCAAGCAAGAUGUAGGGAGAAGAGGAACAAGUGCCGUCCAUCGGCAGCUACGUUUUCGUGUAUGUCUAAGACGGAAGAAUCAUAUUCUUGCGCAGUGGUCAGGAGUAUAUGUGGAGGUCCGACCACAAUGAUGGAAAUCGCUGUGGAACAGAGCCUGGCCGCAGCUCGAAAUGCCAAGCUUCAUGGGGCGAUGUGCAACAAAUUGGCUGUUCUGGUGAGCAACUUAGCGAAGCCUCUACCAGCGCUGAAUGCGGAGAGACAUCGGUGGCAGAAGUCGGGCGUUCAGGCCUUCUGUUCCCUCCAAAUGGCUCUAGAGAAAUCUCGGGCCCUGCUGCAGUAUUGUGCCCACUCCAGCAAGCUAUACCUGGCGAUUAAAGGCCAUUCGAUCAUAUGCAAAUUCGAGACCCUGAGGGAGGAAUUGGAGGAAAGCGUUCGACGACUUUCGAUCCUAGUGCCUCAACAUCUUGCGCUCCAGAUGGCAGGGCUGGAGACGGAAAUUGGAAAAACGGAAUUCGUUUUAGACCCGGAAGAAAAGCAAAUGGGUGCUGAGUUGAUUUCACUUUUGCUGCAGAAACAGAAGGGUGGCCAGUUUGAGAACCCUCAAGCAGAACAGGAAAGUUUCCUUCAGAUAGGAAUCCGGCUGGCAUUGACUUCGGCCGAGGGAAUAAACCUCGAGAGGAAGGCGCUAAAGAGACAGCUUGAGAAGGCUCAGGAUAAGCAGGAUAGGAAGAAGGAGGCGACCAUAAUUCACAUUCUGUAUUUGAUUAAGAAGUACAACAAUGUCCUGCAACGGGGUGGGGUAGAGAAGCCGGCGCUCUUUUCGCACUACUCUUUUAGUCGACUGUCAUGGUCGGGAAGCAUGGGCAGUUCCGGAGACGCGGAGAGCGACAAAGCUCACUACUGCGCCGAUUGCAAUUGCUCAGACGUGGAGACGGACGCGGAUAUCCCGAGCAUUUCCAGCUCGUCCAAGCUUCCAUUGGCUCCGGAGGAGUUCAGGUGCCCCAUCUCUCUGCAACUCAUGUCGGAUCCUGUCAUCGUGGCUUCAGGCCAGACAUACGAACGAGUGUGCAUCGAGAAAUGGUUCAAAGAAGGUCAUGUCACCUGCCCCAAGACGCAACAGAGAUUGGAGCACCUGAACCUCACUCCUAAUUAUUGUGUGAAAGGGUUGAUCGCCGGCUGGUGCGAGGCUCACUCCGUGCCGGUGCCGGGGCCUCCUUCUGCCCCACCUUCCCCGGUAGUUUCUUGUCGAUGGGAUCGCUCGGGUUCGGACGCGGUUGUCAAGGGCGAGUACGUCGACAGCCAUCCGAAACAGCAGCAACACCAGAGCAGCUCGUGCGAUCUGCUGUGCCACAGCGGCGGCGGCCAAGAGUUGAGCGCAGCGUCGAGUCGUGAACAUCUGCAACCUCUGCAUCAGAUGUCAUCGUCGAUGGAUUUUCACGACCGACGAGCAAGUUAUAGCUCUAUGAACAGCUCCUUAAACAGUUCCAUGAAUGGACGGCCAGACGAUAAAGAAGCGGAGAUCACCGAAGCCAACAGUGAAGAAGUCACGGAUGGGCUGGCCCAAUUAGUUGAAAAUCUCAAGUCCAGAUCAUGGGACAUCCAAUGUCAAGCCGCGGAGCAGAUUAGACUAUACACGAAGAACAGCGCGGAGGCCCGACUGGUGAUCGGCGAGGGCGGAGCCAUUCCCCCUUUGGUGGAUCUUCUGUACAAUGCCAUCGACCUGGAUGACCUCAGGGCUCAAGAGAGCUGCGCCCUGGCGCUGCUGAACAUGGCUGUCAACAACGACAGAAACAAGGCGCUGGUGGUGAUGGCUGGGGCAGUGCCACUUUUGGUCAAGAUGCUGAGAGUGGGAGAGACUCAGACGGUGAAGGAGUCGGCGGCCGCAGCGCUGCUGACCCUGUCGUGUCUGAACGACAACAAAGCAUGCAUCGGGUCCUUCGGAGCCAUACCCCUCCUUGUACAGCUUCUGAUAUCGGGGUCGAACCAGGGCCGGAAGGAUGCUUUGACGACGUUGUACAAUCUUACCAUAUUCAUGGGGAAUCGGCAUCGGGUGAUUCGCGCCGGAGCUAUUCCCAUACUGAUCCACUUACUAAGUCUACGCAAAGUAGAUCUUGUAGAGAAAUGCAGUGCUUUGUUGUAUAAUCUAUCCUUUACCGACGAGGGGAGGAUCGGCAUCGCCCAAACCGACGGCGCCAUCUCGACUCUGGCAGAAAUACUCGAGUCCGGCUCCGUGAGAGAAAAGGAGCAUGUGGCAGCAACGCUGUUGUUGCUUUGUACAAAUAGCUCGCAGUUGAACGACGCAGUGUUGAAGGAAGGCGUGAUUCCCGCCCUCGUGGCGAUUUCGGUCAGUGGAACUCCGAGGGCACGGGACAAGGCGCAGAAGUUGCUACUGCAUUUUCGGGAACAGAGGCAAAAGGAAGCUCCAUGCAAGUCGGUGCACUUCAACAUGUAUACCAACGCCAACACAGAAGAGUCGCAAUCCGAAGGCGAGGCCGACUCUCUGCGUGUGCACCACGACGAUGAAGAUGACCCUAGCGACAAGUUCUCGUCUGAGCGUGCCCGAAGACUGACCAAGUCGCGCUCGUCCCAGUUGAUCAGAUUCUCUUGCAGACCGCGGAUGUGUUCCCUUCGUUGCUGAUCAGAAUCCGACCUACCGACCGACCUACACCAGUCGGAUGCAUCGAAUCCAAUCCAUCCCCCGACCCCCAACCUUCCCAGGAACGGUGAAGUGUAAGAAAGCAAAUCCGUCAUCACCCACCAGCCCCCCAUCGAUCCAUCGAUCCAUCCAUUCAUCCAUCCAUCCAUCAUCGCAUCCAUCGAACCCAAUCGCGUCGUGGUGACUACCCUUGGAGUAUACCUUCUACUCUAACUGUACUGUAUGUGGAGGAGGCUUGGCCCCGAGUCGAGCUAUUCGUUCGUGUGAUAUCAACCUUCUACAUCAACAAAACUGGUUUUUGUGUGUCGAAAACAAAUCAUCAUCGUAUUUUUGGUAGUGACUAGGUGAUCUCAAGUAAGCAAGCCAGCAAGCAAUCAAUCAGUCGUUCGUUUGUGUACAUUAUACCUCUCUCUGUAAAACAUUUUGAGUUCGGAAGGCUGGAGCAUGUCUAAGCAAAUGGGCAUCUUCAGACAGGCAGGCAGGGCAGGUGGGCAGGUGGGUUUCCUAGUACAGGGCCGGGUGUUUACAUACUAGAGUAUGAUAGAGAAAGCCAGCGCAAUGUAGUCGUUAGAAAAAAUUCCUCACCUACGCUAUGUACUGACGUUCCCCGCUUCCACUCCCCUCCCCACCCCCUUGCCCCCGGGGGUACCUCGCACCUCUUUCCUACCACUCUCAUCAUUCUGACUUGGUCAUCGUUUCACUGUAAAUACCAUCAUUAUCGAUCAUUCAUUCGGUCUGAAACCUCCGGUCUCGACUCGACUCCACUCAAUUUGACACGAUAUCUGCUCAAAGCUUUAGCCGGACUGCUUGUUUCCAUCGGGGGUCCGUGGUGGAAUACACCGCCCGCUCACUCGCUCGGUCGCUCUUUUGCUGGGGCUCAAGUGUCAUCAGUGACUUUAGACUCCAAAUGUCGCAUCACGAUGUCCAGUUUUGGACAGAAAGUGGAGCGACUCGCUCGUUGUUCCGAUCGGACUGAGGAGUAAUGUAAGAGCUUGCAUAACCUUGAACCGAUUCACAUGUAGACACGGAUGUUCCCUUUGCGACACUUCGGAAGUUGGCUUCGUUCCAACCUGGCUGUCUCUAAGCUCUGUAAAUGUUACAUUAAGCAAUUACAGUUAUCGA